AUGGACCAUCCAGUGAUCAAAACAGUCCAUUGCUCGGGCACUCCCUACGAGAUUGGCCAUCAGCACGGCGUGGCUGCGGCUGCUGAAGUCCACAGCAACAUCAAAACAUACACUGGCUUCUUCCAGGAAACAGCCCAGAUUACUUGGGAGUCGGCACGAGAGCGGGCCGUGAGACAGUUUGUUCCAACUCUCAAUGCCAAGUAUCCUGAAAUCCUUGAAGAGAUGGCUGGAAUCGCCGACGGGGCCGGCCGUGGUCUGACACGCGACGACAUAUUGACCCUCAACGUCCGCAGUGAGAUCUGUCUGACCAACUACACAGAUGGCUGUACGUCGAUCAGCCAGGUAGGACCAGAUGGAACAAUGUUUCUGGCCCAGAAUUGGGACUGGUUAGAAGAACUGCAAAACGGAAUGGUUCUUCUACACAUCCAACCCCAAGGGUCUGACUGUGCAAUGAGGUUUCUCGGCGAAGCUGGAAUCGUUGGCAAAAUAGGCAUGAACAGUGCUGGUUUCGGCUUGUGCAUGAAUGCCAUCCGGUCCGGCGCUUUCAAUAACGCCAAUCUGCCCGUUCAUGUCAUGUCGCGUCGUCUCCUGCAAUUCGCCACAAGUGUUGACGAGGCGCUGGCCAUCUUGGACGAAUUUGGCUUGGCCAGCACAAGCAACUAUAUGUUUGCCGACGCAGAGGGGAAGCAUGUCGAUGUUGAGUGUUCUCCAAGGGGUAACGUCUUAAUCUCGCCACACGAUGGAUAUGUGGCACAUACAAACCAUUUGUACGGACCCAAUCGACCCCUUAAAUUGGUUGAUCACCCUGCGGCGAAUUCUUUCUCCCGACUGGACCGCAUACGAGAGCUCACUUUGUCCGAUGCGAAGGCCAGCACACCCCUAUCAUUUCAAUCUCUUCGUCACCGACUCUCAGAUGAGCAAGGGUCGCCAUUCUCAAUAUGCAGGGACAGACCUGCUGGGGCUGUGGGGAUGGAAAGAAUGACCACCUUAGCUUGCAUUAUGAUGGAGUUGAAGAGUCGUACAGGCAAGGUGUUGAUCGGUCGACCAUGCGAUAGUCUACCCAUUGUAGAAUGGGCAUUUUAG